AUGAAGAACUACCUCGCAUUAAUUACUCUCUCUGUUAUUGGAGUAUGUGCUCACGGCGAAGAAGCUAGCACUGAGAUGGGCCCGGUUGCCUUUCUGUGGCCACCUGAUCGUCUCUGGGGUGCAGCAUAUGAUAAUGCCGCGCCGUGUGGCUCAUCAACCGGGGCCGUGAACAGAACAAACUUUCCAAUGAUCAACGGUCAGCUCGCACUUGUGGUCCAAGACGAGUCAUGGAACGCGCAGGUUGCCAUCUCCCACAAAAGCAAUCCAACUACAAACGACGACUUCGAGUCCUUCAUUGAAGGCUCCAGCAUCUCCGACAUCAAGCCAGGACACGAAUGCUACUCCGUCCCCAACCCAUCCAUCGACGUGGAAGAGGGAAUGAACGCAACAUUUCAAAUCAAAUACACCUCGGAUUUCGAUACCAACAAAAACGAAACCUACUAUGCAUGUGCGGAUAUCACCUAUGUUCCGGCGAGCAAAUUUACCUACCAGGUCCCCUGCUUUAAUGUGACCACGGACGACUUCACCGCCGUGACUACUACGACUGCGGCUGGCUCUACUGCCACAGGAGUAUCGGAUUCAACUUCGGUUGCCAGUGAGACAACCCAGAAGAGCUCCGGCUCCGGCUCCGGUCUUUCAGGCGGGGCGAUUGCGGGUAUUGUAGUUGCUUCUGUGGCCACUGUAGCCUUUGGAAUUGCUCUGCUGUUUGGAUACAGAAGAAUUCUACAGAAGUAUCGCUUCUUUCGGCAGAAAGCAUCGGUCCGGAAUGUGGAUUGGACGCCGCCUCAUCCCAUGGCGGAUGAAAAUCUUCCAUUUGGACUACGCAAGAUUAGGUGA